CCUCUCUCCAGGACUGUCUCACCCCUCUCUAGGACUGUCUCACCCCUCUCCGGGACUGUCUCACCUCUCUCCAGGACUGUCUCACCCCUCUCCAGGACUGUCUCACCCCUCUCCAGGACGGUCUCACCUCUCUCCAGGACUGUCUCACCCCUCUCCAGGACUUUCUCACCUCUCUCCAGGACUGUCUCACCUCUCUCCAGGACUGUCUCACCUCUCUCCAGGACUGUCUCACCCCUCUCCAGGACGGUCUCACCUCUCUCCAGGACUGUCUCACCCCUCUCCAGGACUGUCUCACCCCUCUCCAGGACUUUCUCACCCCUCUCCAGGACUUUCUCACCUCUCUCCAGGACUUUCUCACCUCUCUCCAGGACUGUCUCACCCCUCUCCAGGACUGUCUCAUCUCUCUCCAGGACUGUCUCACCUCUAUGUCUGCCCAGCCCUCCAUGGUGCAGUGACCUGACCGCCGGGAUCUGUGUCUGGGGGGUCCCUGCUGAUUUCCUGGAGACAUGAAAUUCCCCAUAGACACCCCGAGGAAGCAGGUGAACUGGGAUCCACAAGUGGCUGUGCCAUCGACUGUGCCCUCACCUGCCCCUCCCCCUGUCCCCCCGUCUGAUCCGAAGCCAAACGGGCAUCACCCUACACCUACGCCUACGUCGACCCCUAGAAUGUCUAUAUGUUCCCGGACUACUAUGGUGACAUCGAUGGACAACACCUCCAGCGGUCUACACUCCGUCAUGAAGUGGAAGACAGUCUUGGCGAUCUUCGUGGUGGUGGUGGUGUAUCUGGUCAGCGGAGGCCUCGUCUUCCGGGCUCUUGAGCAGCCUUUUGAAAGCAGCCAAAAAAGCACGAUAGCCCAAGAGAAGCUGGAUUUCCUGCAGAUGCAUACGUGCGUUUCUCCGCAGGAGCUGGAGGCCCUCAUUAAGAAAGCCAUUGAUGCCGACAACGCCGGAGUCAAUCCCAUUGGGAACUACUCAAACAGCAGCAGCCACUGGGAUCUGGGUAGCUCCUUCUUUUUUGCUGGGACAGUGAUCACUACCAUAGGUUAUGGGAACAUUGCACCCAGCACAGAAGGCGGGAAGAUUUUCUGCAUCCUAUAUGCUAUAUUCGGAAUACCUCUCUUUGGUUUCUUGUUGGCCGGUAUUGGAGACCAACUGGGCACCAUUUUUGGCAAAAGCAUCGCGAGAGUGGAGAAAGUCUUUAGGAAGAAGCAGGUGAGUCAGACCAAGAUCCGGGUCAUCUCCACCAUCUUGUUCAUCGUGGCCGGGUGUCUGGUCUUCGUCACCAUCCCAGCUGUCAUCUUCAAACAGAUCGAAGGAUGGUCGGAGCUGGAGUCCAUUUAUUUUGUGGUUGUUACACUCACGACUGUUGGCUUUGGGGACUACGUGGCAGGUGGGAACACAAAUAUAAUGUACCGGGAGUGGUACAAGCCGCUGGUGUGGUUCUGGAUCCUGGUUGGUCUCGCGUACUUUGCUGCUGUCCUCAGUAUGAUUGGUGACUGGCUUCGAGUGAUAUCAAAGAAAACUAAAGAAGAGGUGGGAGAAAUCAAGGCUCAUGCUGCAGAGUGGAAAGCCAACGUGACCGCCGAAUUCAGAGAGACGCGAAGGCGCCUGAGUGUAGAGAUCCACGACAAGCUCCAGAGGGCAGCCACCAUCAGGAGCAUGGAGCGCAGGCGGCUGGGGCUCGACCAGAGAGCUCACUCUCUUGACAUGCUGUCCCCAGAAAAACGCUCAGUGUUCGCAGAGCUGGAGAACGGCCGCUUCAAGGCGUCCUCCCAAGAAAGCAUAAACAACAGACCCAACAACCUAAGACUAAAGGGGAUUGAGCAGUUCAACACUUUACAUGGCCAAGGCCUCUCCGAAGACAAUAUCAUCAAUAAGUUUGGAUCCACCUCGUCCAAGUUGACCAAAAGGAAAAACAAGGAUCUGAAGAAGAACCUGCCGGAGGAUGUAGGGAAGAUUUAUGAGAACUUCCGAAAAUACUCAGUAGAUGAAGGGAAGAAGGAGGGCGGCAAGGGCGAUAGGAUGUCCACCUCAGACACGGCGACUCUCUCUGACUUCAUCCAGCACUCCAUCAUAGAGAACGGCUCAGUACCCUGCGAAACCAAAGAUGAGGAACACGAGAACAAAGCAUUACUUGAAGAAGGAAACUAACGGGGCAACCCUGAGGAUCAUUGCUCUGUCAUGGCACAACCAAGCUGAGGGCUGCAAUGUGGGACGGACCUUUGACUUUCUAUCUCCACUCUGGAGCCCAAAGUUCGUUUGUAUUUUGACUCAGCAGUAACCUUUGACCCCUUCUGUAUUGGAGGGGACAAUGCCCUGUGUGUCGACUGCCCCCUCCAGUACGGAAGGGGUUACACUAUCGCCCUGGGGUGUAAACCAGAACCGACAGCAGCUGGUUACUUCAGAGGAGUUCUCGAGACAUGUGCCUUAUGCAGACUUUUCAGUUACCUGGAGCUCCGUAAUCUGCAUUGGUGGAAACUUUUACUGUGCCAUAACAGACUGCCAAAAAAAGCCCCCCUCCCCCCUGACAACGACUACAAACGAGAAAGAAUGUGGAAAACUGCAAAUAAGAUAACCAUAGUCAUUACAGGAGAGAUCGAGGUGGCUACUCGUUUCGCUAUUCAGUUUGAAGGUCUUGGGAAGCAUUUUUCAAGCUCGCAAAAUGAUUAAGAUGACAACACGUUUCGCUCUCCGAGUGUGGUAGGAGACCAUUUCUAAGCCUACACAUUGAGAAUGCAAGGAAAUCAUGGAGACGACAACGCGUUUCACUCAAUAGAUAUGGUAGGAGACCAUUUCUAAGCCUACACAUUGAGAAUGCAAGGAAAUCAUGGAGACGACAACGCGUUUCACUGAAUAGAUAUGGUAGGAGACCAUUUCUAAGCCUACACAUUGAGAAUGCAAGGAAAUCAUGGAGACGACAACGCGUUUCACUCAAUAGAUAUGGUAGGAGACCAUUUCUAAGCCUACACAUUGAGAAUGUAACAAAAUAUGGAGACAGUUUCACUCUCCAACUGUGGUAGGAGACCAUUUCUAAGCCUACACAUUGAGAAUACAAGAAAUUAUAGAGACGACAACGCGUUUCACUCUCCAGAUAUGGUAGGAGGCAAUGUGUAAGUCUAGAAAUCAAGAAUACAAGAAAAUAUGGAGAUGGCAGCGCGUUUCACUCUCCAACUGUGGUAGGAGACCAUUUCUAAGCCUACACAUUGAGAAUACAAGAAAUUAUAGAGACGACAACGCGUUUCACUCUCCAGAUAUGGUAGGAGGCAAUGUGUAAGUCUAGAAAUCAAGAAUACAAGAAAAUAUGGAGAUG